UAAGAUCUAAUCUGACAGUCUAAAAUUCAUUAUUUUUAUUAUUUUUAUAUAUAUAUAUUCAUACUUGUAUUUUUAAAUUUUGUGAUGGAGUUCGCUGAGGAUCAUGUGGAGUCUGCGGUGCCCACAAUUGAGACAGCCAUCGACAAAAUUUUCAGCCGCCUUAAGAUCAUCGCCGUGGAUGUUGAGAAGGUGCUGCGGGCCAAGGAGUUGCUGGCCAGCCUGCAGCGUCGCAAGACGUUCUUCUACCUGCUGGGCCAGGACGACGGUGGCAGCAUCGACAAAACCCAAAGCGAGAUGAGGCUGCUGACCUCCAAGCACUCGUUUCCGUCCAUAUCGAGCAGGGAAGCGGACUUCAAUGGCGAAGAUCUGAGCGAGGAUCAGUGCGACGACUGGCAGUUCCACGAGGAGAAUCGGUGGCAUAGCUUCUUUUCCGGCUUCCAGUUGCUCACCACGCCCCAUGGCGCCGACCCCAACGACAAUCGCAAAUGCGUCCAGCUGUCCACAAUGCUUGGCUGCGAUCAGGAACUCAAGACCUUGCUCCGUAAUGGCGUGCGGUGCUUUGUGCUGGAUCUCUUCGUGGGCACCCAGCGCGACAAUCAGUCGCUGAUCGUGCAACUGCGCGAGGCAGAGAUCAGCGUGUCCAAGGAAUACGGCUUCCCAGUAGUCUCCACCAUUUUCGUGAAGCUCUCGCCGCGCUUUCAGUACACGGGCUACCUCAACCCACUACACUACAAGGGCGAUACCAAGUGCGUGGAGCUGAAGAAGGGGUACAAGCUGACACUGACUGUCGACCGGGAGUUCUCCGACUGCUGCUCGUCUUUGAUAAUAUACGUGAACGCCCGCUUCCUGCUGUGCGAUGUCGUGAACUUUGACUUCAUCCUCAUCGGCAACGAGAUUCAGUUGACGGUGCACAGCGUGCAUCCAGAACAUCUCAACUGCUGCGUAGUCCGUGGAGGAAUGCUUGGGUCAUACAUGCCCGUGUUGUUCCCAAAACGCUGCUCAAAGUUUCGGAUGUCCUACGAGGAACUGGAGGAUCUGACAUUUGCCCGCGAGGUGGGAGUCAAUGUGGUGGUUUCCAACAUUAUUGGCACCGCCAAGUACCUCGAUAAUCUGGAGAGCGCCAUGGGUAUAAUGCAGUGCGAGAAUCUGCGUAUCUAUGCCCGGGUGGUGCUCAACGAUAUCAAGGGAUGCGACGGCGAACUGAACUGGGCCACCAGGCGGUACGAUGGCUUCCUUGUGGAACUUGCCGAGCCCGAAAUAGUUCCCGAUGUCAUGCACCUGUGUCCAGAUGCCGAGUGCUUCUUGCAGUUGGUCCACGCGGCCAAGAAGCCGAUCAUCUUCGAUCCCGAGAUGAUCCACGAGAAGAAGCUUCGGGUUGACCCCAGCCACUACUACUACACGUUUUACUAUCCGGACAAGUACCUGGUCAAAGGCCACCAGACAAAGCAGUCAUUCUACUUCAGCUUUCUGCAGAACGCCCUCUUCGAGAAGAUGCCGCCCGAGGCGCUGGCCAAGGUGCCCUACUGCGACAAAUCGCAUACUGGCGCCGACGGCCUGGCCCGGGCCGUGGUCACCGCCUCCAUGGAGGUGCAUGCCGUGGCAAUUGUUGUCAUCGGUGUGACGACGCGCAUGGUGCAGAAGAUUGCCCACUUCCGGCCAGAGGCGCCCAUCAUCUUUGUCAGCCACAUGCGCUCUGCGGAGGACUACGUGUCGCUGUACUACAACGUGACCAUGCUCUCGUUCCGCACCAACCAAUUCCACACGCACCGUCAGAACAUUUUCCGCAAGGGCGUCUAUGCCCUGGCCUAUUUGGCCAAACGUAAGAUCGCCCGGCAGCACGACCAUGUGAUCUUGGUGUACAGCCACAAGGAAGGGACCACCUUUCCCGAAAAGUAUCUUCUCUACAAAUUUGACAAAUCCCACUUUCCCGAGCACAUGUCCGCCUCCAUGUUCCCCGCGCAGCCAGAUCUGCCAGUUUCCACUGAGGAUACGGACGCGGAUGCGAACAACUAAGCGCAGUUUAAUUUACAUAAUUUAUAAUUUAUUUGUUCUGGUAAAUAGUAUUUAUCGGAAUGUGUUAAUCGGGUGUGUUUUGCUUAGAAUAUACGAAACAGAUAUAGAUACACUUUUACUACACUGAUCGACACAGGCGAUCGUCCACACACACACUGUACUGUACAUAUAUAUUGUAUGUAUGCACAUAAAUAACAUUCGUAAGCCUA